GUGUGUGUGUGUGUGUGUCUGCCUCGACCCACAGCCCAGAGCCUGAAUAACAGUAGGAGGAAAAUGGACGGAGUGGGUUCAUUUGGUGCUGGGAGAGCCGGUGCUGCGUUCGACCCUAUUGCCUUUAUCCAGCAGCCGCAGACCAUCCUUAGAAUAUUAUCAUGGAUCUUCUCAAUGGUAGUGUUUGGAUCCAUAAUAAAUGAAGGCUACAUCAACCAUGGCAGUGAGAGGCUCUAUUGCGUUUUCAACAAGAACAACAAUGCCUGCAACUACGGAACCACCAUUGGGCUCAUAGCAUUUCUAGCAUGCAUUUUCUUCAUUAUCCUUGACAUGAAGUUCCAACAAAUCAGCAGUAUUAAAGACAGGAAGAAGGCAGUGAUGCUGGACAUUGGAUUUUCAGGUUUCUGGGCAUUUUUGUGGUUUGUUUGUUUCUGCUUCUUGGCCAACCAAUGGCAGCGCACCACCCCAGAUGAGCUGCCCUUAAAUCAGGGCGCGGAUGCUGCCAGAGCUGCCAUUACCUUCUCCUUCUUCUCUAUCUUCACCUGGGCUGGUUUGACUGUAAGAGCAGUGCAGAAGUACAUGCUGGGGACUGACAUGAGCCUCUUCACCACAGAAGACUUGGAUGGCAAGCCGCCCAUCCAGCCCUACCCCACCAUCACAAGCACCGAGCCCGACGACACAUACCAGAGCCCACCCUUCACCGAAAACCUGGACCCCAACGCCCCAACCUACCAGGUGCCAAUUUACUGAAACGGUGCCUAGCAAAAUCCACAUGCGAUGUCAUUGGUGUGUCAGAGUCAGUGUGGAUGGCUGGCACUGGUUUUCAAACUGAAGUGGUGUGACAAUGUUCAUAGGUAGUACCGUUCUGUGAACUUCUGUACAAGAUUAUGUUGAUUGUGAUUUCACUUUCGUUCGGAAUAUUACGUGUUAAUUUAUCAGCUGGAAUGAAACCGUUUAAGGGUUAUUAGUGUUUAAAAAUGAAAAAGGUUAUGUUGCAUGUGUUGUAUUUAGAGAGUUAUGAAGUGCCAUGCAUCACAAACAAUACCUUAUUUAUUCAGUUUCCAUAAUGCUGUUGGGUACUGUAUAUAAGUGCAAUAUCUGAAACAUGGAAUCACCAAAACGUUUGACACAUUUAAAUGUUCUCCAACUAAAAGCUAGGUGGUCUUCUUAAAAAGAGGGUGGCAUUUCGCUGUAGAUAAGGGUGUCUUAUGCAUCAAAAGUGUGUAGAAAAGGAGUUGAUUCAGUGUUUGAUUUAGUGAAGCCACUAAACGUGUUAAGACAUAAAGCCAGAUAUUAUUUUGGAAGGAGUUUUGUAGUUUACAGUGCAUGAAUACUUCUGACUGUAUCAAAAUAUAAAGAUGAACUGAAUCCCACUAAAAAGAUUUCAAACAAAUAAGGAUUUUUAUCAGAGCCACAAUCAGUUGGCAUUUUAAAAUUGAGGAAUAUAAACAUAUAAUCAUUUGAAAAAAGUUAAAUUGCCAUUUAAAAUAAAUACUUUUUGAAUGCAUUUACAAACUUGGACAAUGACACCAAUUGGUAUGUUUUCAACAUUAGAAAGAAGUACAUUCAAAUACACUACCAU